GAACGGCGACAUCCCCGGGGGGGCGGCGGGGGGCCAGGUGCGGCGGAGGCUCCGGGAACGGUGCAGGUAGGGCCCGGUCCCGGUCCCGGUGUCACGGUGAGGGGGGCUAAGCCCGGUCCCGGUGUCCCCCGACGGGGAGGGAGAAGCGGUCCCGGGUGUCCGGCCCCGGUGUCCCCCUCACGGGGAGACUCUCCCGGUGUAUCCCCCCCCCCACACCCCCGGCUACAGCCCCGGUCCCGGUGUUCCCCCCCCCCCCCCCGGCGAUUUAAGGCCCCGGUCCCGGUGUGCCGAGGCCCCAUCGCUUCCCCUCGCCGCCCUCAGCAGCCCACGGGCGGAGGAUCCCCGUAAUUCCCCCCCCCCCCCCCCGGGGGCAUGGCCUCCCCGCCGCCCCCCGGUCCCCUCUGCCCGCCGGGCCCCCCCGGCAGCGGCUGCAUCUCGCUGUGGACCGUGGUGGCCGCCGUGCAGGCGGUGGAGAAGAGCGUGGAGGCCCACGCCGCCCGGCUGCUGGGGCUGGAGCGCAGGACGGUGACCACCGAGAAGAAGUACGUGGACUGCGAGAGGACGGUGGUGGAUUUCGGCAACCAGCUGGAGAGCAAGCUGGCCGUGCUGGGCACCCUCGUCCAGGAGUACGGGCACCUCCAGCAGCGCCUGGAGAGCGUGGAGAACCUGCUGAGGAACAGGAACCUCUGGGUGCUGCGCCUGCCCCCCGGCCCCCGGGGAGAGGUGCCCAAGGCCCCAGAAGGGUUUGACAGCAACGCCGCUGGCUUCUCCGAGCAAGAGUGGGAGAACCUGGAGGAAUGGCAGAGGGAGCUGUACAAAAACAUGCUGAGAGGGAACAGCGAGUCUCUGAUCUCUCUGGCAGAUUACGCAGUCUCCAAACCCGACCUCCUGUCCCGGCUUCAGAGAGAGGUGCCCUGCGAUGAGGUGGCUUUGGGAGAGAGGGAGAUUCCUGUGGAGCCAAGCGCAGCAGAGUCUCUGGUGUUUAGACCUGAUGCAAGCAGCCAGGACAGCAAAGAAGGAGUGCAGUGCUCGACAGAACAGGAGAACCUGGAGGCAAAAACAGUGUUGGCAGACCCCACACCCGCAGAGUACGGCAUUCCAGAGCCGAGCUUCGCAGGCGCUCUGAAGCAAGAGGACGAGCCGUGCACAGAGGAGCAGGGAGCCACGGAGGACAUGGAGUUCACUGAGCUCAGCGUGGUUCCAGCAGAUGAGGUGAUAGCGUUCAAAAUAGAGCAGCUGGACUCCGAUGAAUGCCUGCAGAGCUCGGAGUCCCCCACAGCUUUAUCCAGGGAUUCGGAGGAGGUGGUCUUCGAGGGUCCCAGCGAGGCGCUGCCCUUUGAUGGUCAGUACGGCUCUCCCGUGCCCCUGGGAAACCAGAGCACAAGCAGGCUGGUGCCAUCCGCUCACGGGGAAGGUGGACUUGGCGAAAUCAGCACCGUCACGUUCUACAGGCAAGACUGUCCUGAGGAGAGACCCCACUCCUGCGUUGCGUGUAGGAAGGGCUUAUGUCUGAAGAAGAUGCUGAUGAUGCAGCAGCAGAGUCACGGCACGCUGUGCAGCAGUGAGUACCCUGAGGACGGGGAGGUCUUCCUCCAGCAGCAGCACCAGCAGAUCCGCGUGGAAGACGGGUCCCACGUGGCCAGGGGGAGCUUCAGGCAGAACCAGAAUGCAAAAGCCCGGGACAAGGCGCGCGGCAGUCCCAGGUGCAUGAAAAGCGUCGGCGCCAACGGCACUGACAAGCCAAGUCAGAAGAGCCACACGCGGGGAAGGGCUUACAAGUGCAACAAGUGUCAGGAGUUCUUCCCCCAGAAGAAAACCCUCAUCAUCCACCGGCGCGUGCACUCGGGCCGGAGCCCAGGGGUCCUCUGGUGCUCGUACUGCGGCAAGACCUUCAGCCAUCCCUCCAACCUGACCCGGCACCAGAGGAUCCACACCGGGGAGAGGCCGUACCAGUGCAACGAGUGCUCAAAGCGCUUCACCCAGAAGCAGCACCUCCUCCAGCAUGAGAAGAUCCACCUGCGUGAGAGGACCUGUGUGGCUGGCAGUCGUGUGAGGGAGGCACCGCUACACAGCCUCUAGGUCUUGCGGGGCUCACGUGGCCCUGCAGCCCCAGGGUGGAAGAGGUAGGGGAGGAGAGAACCUCUGCUGCUCAGCACUGAAGUCCCUCUAACAAUUUAUCCCAAAGGUCCAAGGAAAGUAGAAUUAGGAUCCAACUUGGCAUUGCUGCCCUUUUCUUCGUGGUGGUGAUGGCAUGCCAUAAUACCUCACAGUCGGCCCCAGGAUCGCUUAAGAAUGAAAGUGUCUGGGGCCUCUCCAGGUUUGAAUCAGUUAUUUGAACUGGCUACAGCGAGGUAAGGUUUUUGGAAGCAGCUGCUCUUUGCCUGGAGUUUCCCUGGCUGCUCUCCUGGAAGAACUUCUGCUGUGCUCAGUUUCAUGGGCAGGUUUGAGUUACAGGUUUGCAAAAGACUCCAGGCAACUAAACACGUGCACAAGGUGAGGUCUCGCUCAUGGCUUGCAUGGAUGCCCCAUUUGCCAAAGAGGGGCAGCUGGUCAGUUCCUAGCUCUCUCCAUGCACAGGCCAAGUGACCUUUUUAUUGCUGCUGCUGCUCGGGAAGCUCGCUCGAAAUACAGGUUUGUCUCACGGAACGGCUGAGGUUGGGGGCGCCUCCGGGUCCGUGCAGUCCGACCCCUGCUCCUGCAAGGCCACCCAGAGCUGGUGCCCCACAUCCGGGUGGCUUCUGAAGAUCUCCGAGGAGGAGACUCCCCAGCCUCUCUCAGUUCCUUCUCUGGAACUUAAGAUCAGAUUUACUUUUCUGUGAACUACAGCGGUAGGGCCGCAUUCUGCCCUGAUGUGUGAGGUUGUUCUGAUGUGCACUGGGUCCUGCUCCGCUGGAGACUGGGUUUGUACUGCAGUAGCUGCGGGGAAUUCGCUUCAUUGCCUCUCUCCUGAGCACACCUAAGGGAGGUGGCAUUGCCCAGACUCCUCCUGAAACCUGCAGGACUCCCAGUGGAACUGAAACGGGAAAGCACUUGUAAGCCAGAGGCAGUGCACAGCUGUACUCAGGCUGAAGUGAGUGUUGGGAUAACUUUCUGCUGACUGCCUGUACGUUAACACUUUUUUCUUUGUAUGUCACUGUUGUCGUCAUCUCCCUUUCCUCCUGUUGCCUUGGGGUACAUAUGAUUUUUUUUUUUUCCUUGGGGACGAGCUUUCAUUAUAUCCCCAAAUGAAAUGUGUUUAACAAAUGGCCCAAAUACGUCGUGCAACUUCAGGGCUUGCGUGGCUGCCUGACCUGGUUUAAAGCUGCUGCGGGUUCUCCCCAUCACUCCUCAGGCUUUAGAAACCCCUCUGUCGCUGCCUGGUCCCAAAGUGUCUGCUGAGGGGAGGAUGCAGGUGCCUGGCUCACCCUUGCAGGGACAGAGGUGUUCCUCCGGUCCAGCUGGCUGCUGGGGCAGAUGUUUCAGCCUGGAAGCUCUUUUGGCCAAGAAGUGAAGUCCCUCUCCAGGUCCUCGCUGUUCAUUGCUGCCUGCUCUGGUCUGUUUAAGGUAACCCGAUUCGUGCAGAAUCCAGAGCAGGUCAGGGUGAACCUGUGUGACUGCUCUGAGCCUGUGCUGCGGGACAAAGCUGGCACAAAGCCCCUGGCAGAAGUGUCAGCAGCGCUGCAGGUGUUUGCCUGGUGACAUCUGCCUGCAGCCUCUUCUCGCCUUAGUGCCGCUGAGGUCUUUGAUUUCUCAGCUUCCGACGUUUCUGAGUGGGUCUGUGUGGUGAGCCUCUCUGUGCAUGUAGCCGGUUUGUUUUUUCCAAAUAAGAGAUCUGAGGGGACAGAGGGUUCCACGUUUCGUCACUUCUCGGUGCUCAGUGGCCACUUGCUGCCAUAAAACUGGUCCACGUUCAUUCUUUUUCUUCAGUAUUUGACGUGCUGAAGGAAAAUCUCUUGGCAGUUAGCAGUACAGGGCAUUUGAUACCCAGACUACUAGUUUGGGUCUUGUUCAGUAAGCAGGUAAACUAAUCAGUCCUCCAGUGGUUUCCUGCUGACUCCGAUUAAGCUGCUUGUCUCCAUUUUACCUUUUUUGUUAUCUUAGACUGUGAGCCUUCAGGGCAGGGAACACAUUUCUAUCCAUGUGUGAAACGCCAGUUACAUCUACGGCAGUAGAUACUUGAUCUUUUUACAAUAAUGACAUUAAACUUGAACGGAUUAAAGUGC